AUUAAAAUUCACCGAAACUAAUCAAAAUUUUCAAUUUCAAUUUAAAUACGCAAAUAUUUUUGGAACAUUUCAACUAAUUUUGAUUGUUCCGGUUCAAAAAUUUGGUUAAUUCAUUUCAAAAUUUUGGUUAGAAAUAUAUAGUUUGGUUGUAUUUUUUUUUUUUUUUUUUUGUAGUUUGAAGCAGCAAUGCACUAAGCCAAAAAUAUUUAUUAAAAUAAUCUUAAGAGUUUAUUCUUAUAAUCCCUUUUUAAUACCGUUAAUCUAUAAUCCAUAAAAUAAAAUAAAAAAUCUAUAUUUUCAAGUUUACAAAUUUUUAUAAUCACCGGCAAAGGGUUUUGGAAUUACCUCUUGUAAUUGAUUUACAAGAGUUUUGUGGAUUAGUUCUUGAAGGUUAGCGUUGUAUUUGGUAAACGGUUUUCUUAACAAAAUUGUUAUCAUUAUCUUUUGUUUUGUUUGGUUAUCUUUUUCUUUUAUUAUCAUAGAAAGAUGUAGCAACUGCGGUGGAGCGUAUCAUAAUUGUUUCUUGAGGGGCUGUUUCACUACGAAGAGUGGACAAAAAUCUGAGAAAGAUUUUUAAAAAAUUAUUAGAAAAUGAGUAAAGUUAAACUUUUGUUGGGGAUUUUAAAAUUGUAAUUUCUCUUCAAGAGAAUAGUGUAACACCUUAGAUGAAGAAGAUUCAAAGUAAAUCCACAUCUUCACAAAUAGUUAAAAGCUAAUCACUGCCUACUUAAAAUUCAAGAUUCGUAAGAAAAAGAGAUAACACUUAUGAAUUUUGUUAUGAAGUUCUUGAAUAGUAAACUUUUCACCGUAAUCAAUAAUCUAUUUUCUACUAUCUUGUUUUUAUUAUGAGUUUAGGUAUUUUAAAAUUUUGACUAUUGAACCAGAAAAAUAGGCAUGCAAAUUCAGUACAACUGUUAGUUUGGUCGAUUUUUAUUUAGUUCAAAUAGCAGAAAAUGAAAAUUUUAGGAGGUUGUUUUCUAGUUCUAAAACUUCAUUAAAAUUUUAAGAAGUUGAUUUUUAAUUCUAAUUUGUUAAGAAAAUCUUGUAUUGUUUCAAGUCAAUUGAAUUCAAAACCCAUUAAUUUUUUUUUGUUGAAUAUGUGUAGAAGAAGCUUUUUUUGCAGUGAUUGCAUGACUUUUUUUUUUUGCUUUUUAUUUCAUUUUAUUUUAAAUGAUAUGAACAAAAACAAAGCAGUCUGAUUAACGAAUAUUCUGCCAAAGUAAAACGAUCGUGUCGGCUUUGAUUUAAUUGAUAAAAAAAACUAUCAAAUUUUCGGUUAAUUUAAGAACUUUUGUUUGUAGUAUGAUUUGAUUAUAUAUUUUAAAAAUAAAACCGAACUAUUGAGUGAUGAACCAAUUUUUUUUUUAAUUAUCAAAUUGAUUAUCAAAAUUGAACUGAAAACUAAAUAUUUUGGUUCAGAUCAAAUCCAAGUCCUAGUUAUUUAAAACGUUCUUGAAAUUAGCCUCUGUUUAAAUUGGGAUUCCGGUUUGAUAGGUUUCAUGUCGUACCAGAACUUAUAUUCGUGGACCGGAAUUAAUUUCCUUAUAUUACUUGGGCACGUGCGACUCUCUUCCACAGUUCAUUCUCUCUCGCUUGCUCGCUUCCUCUUACGUUUCAAAAUUCAAACGUCCUUCUUCUCUUCUUCUCUUCUUCACUUCCCACAACCUAAUCCAAUGGGCGAAGAAGAUCGAUUCACGCUCGGGGAGAAACGAAACCCCUCGGUUGAUGAUUCUUCUUCACAAAACCCACAGAGACGACAUGACUUCCGGCUAUCCAAGUGCCGGAAGCUCGAUGGCGGAAACGACGACGUUUCGCGAGAACCAGGAUCGAACACUAGCGUGGUGGAGAAGUUCCGCGCGAGGCUCGAGAUCUGCUCUCCCGAUUCGUUCUCGGUCACGCCGCUUCAAUUGCAAGGGUUCCGGUUCCCGGAAAAGCAAGAUUGCCUCCGCCAAUUGAACGAGAUUCUCUCCGAGGCGAUGCCUUCGCACUACACUCAAAACCAAGACGGAGGCAAAGCUGGUGUGUAUAAGAUCAGAGAUUACAGUAUGGUUUUGGGGAGGUUAAGAAGGUCGAAGCUCGUUGAAGUCGAGGAGAUUCCUUGGAUUACGUUUGCUGUCGUUGAGAAGCUUUCUCAGUCGUACGUUUCCGGGAGAUGGGAGCCGUGUAAGCAUGAGCAUUUUGCCGAGGAGAAGGUUGAAGAGCUGAUUGGGAACUUGCCGAGGAAACUGGUGGAUUCGCUUUUGCCUUUUCAAGUUGAUGGUCUGAGGUUUGGGUUAAGGAGAGGUGGGAGGUGUCUUAUUGCUGAUGAAAUGGGGCUUGGAAAGACACUUCAGGCUAUUGCGAUUGCUGGCUGCUUUAUGAGUGAGGGUUCCGUACUUGUUGUAUGUCCAGCGGUUUUGCGUUACUCGUGGGCUGAAGAGUUGGAGCGUUGGUUGCCGUUUUGUUUGCCUUCUGACAUACAUCUCGUGUUCGGUCAUCAGAAUAAUCCUGCCUAUCUACCAAGAUGGCCAAAAGUUGUGGUUAUCUCAUACACGAUGCUUCAGCGUCUUCGGAAAACCAUGCUUGAGCGCGAAUGGGCCCUUUUGAUACUAGAUGAGUCUCAUCACGUACGUUGUUCAAAGAAGAAUUCAGAAUCAUCUGAGAUACAGACAGUUCUUGAUGUUGCUGAAAAGGUUAAGCACAUAGUGCUCUUGUCAGGAACUCCAUCUUUAUCGAGGCCCUUUGACAUUUUCCAUCAGAUAAACAUGCUAUGGCCUGGUUUGCUGGGAAAGAACAAGUAUGAGUUUGCGAAAACCUAUUGUGAAGUCGGGCUUGUCAGAGGUAUACAGGGGAAAAUUUUCCAGGAUUUUUCAAAGGGUACUCGCUUACUGGAGUUGAACGUGCUGCUAAACCAAACAGUGAUGAUAAGAAGACUGAAGCAGCAUGUUUUAACACAGUUACCCCCAAAACGUAGACAAAUUGUAACCAUACAGCUAAAGAAGUCUGAUAUAACUUUAGCAAUGACUAUUCUCAGUGAUGCUAAUAAACCAAAUGCGGCUAUAACAGAUGUCACAGAGAACACACAUGAACCUGAAGGUAUAGCUCAACUGGCUCAUGGAUCAAAUAAAGAUGGAGAUAUGAACGAAGUGGACCCAGAUGAUCCUGACUGUGACAAGGAUAAUCAACUAUCCGGGAAUCUCUCCUAUCAACAACUUGGUGUUGCAAAGCUUUCUGCCUUUCGUGAAUGGUUAUCCUUACAUCCACUUAUAUCAGGAGGACUGGAUUAUACCCCUGAAGAAAUUAAUGAAGACACAAGUUCAAAUAAGAUGGUCAUUUUUGCACAUCACCAUAAGGUUCUGGAUGGAGUUCAGGAAUUUAUGUGUGAUAAAGGCAUUGGUUUCGUCCGCAUUGAUGGGACGACUUUGCCAAGAGAUAGACAAUUGGCUGUACAGACAUUUAAGUUUUCUAGUGAGGUUAAAGUUGCAAUAAUUGGCGUAGAAGCUGGGGGAGUUGGACUUGAUUUUUCAGCAGCUCAAAAUGUUGUGUUUGUGGAAUUGCCUAAAACACCGUCACUGUUGCUUCAGGCUGAGGAUAGAGCACAUAGGCGAGGCCAAACAAGCGCAGUGAAUGUUUAUAUCUUCUGCGCAAAGGAUACUAUGGACGAGUCAAAUUGGCAAAAUCUGAACAAGAAAUUGCACCGUAUUUCAUCUACCACUGAUGGAAAAUAUGAUGCGAAGACUGAAAUCGAAAUCGAAAGAGCACAUCUUUUCAAGCCUGCUGAAGAAAGCAGUGAAAGAGAAAUUCCUGACGCACAAUCAUCACAAGCUAGUAGAGUAAUAGCUGACAACAUUGUAGAAAGCUGUGAAGAUCUGGGAUCUGAGACGGAUGUAUCAAAUACUAUUGAUCUCAAGGACAACAUGAAUCCUCAUUUGGAAAUAUUAAAAAUCUUCUGUCCUUCUGUUGAAAAUGGUUCCGGAUCUGAGAAGAGAUCUUCUGAGACCAUUUCUUCUACUAUGUUAGACCGGGAAAACCAAGAAAAUCAUCAACCUGAAAAUGUUAUUGCUGAUAAUGGGGUUGUGGAAGAGAAUGAUUCCAAUUCCUUUUUUCCACUCGUCGAUUCUCUGCGAUUUGAGGUGAGCCAGAACACUGGAAGAAUUCAUCUAUAUUCUUGCAUUCCUGGGAAAGAUCCACGACCAAGGCCUCAUUUCCAGAACUUCCGACCAGAGGAGAUUGAAGCAAGCAAUUCAACUCCAUUCAUCGAAAAAGAAAAUUCGCCUGAAUCCCUCACGGAUGAUCCAGUUCAUGUGCGAGCUAUUUUAGAAUUUAUGAAAGAGUGGAAAGCAUUACGGCCGAUCGAAAAGAGGAAACUAAUUGGAAAGCCUUUGCAACUACCUUUAUCACUGGAGUUGAGCUACUUGAGUGAAAGAACUAGUCACAACAGUGAGGGAUUGCUCAGAGGAGGGAGCAAAAGACGGAAUACACCCUUUUCAGAGAUCAGUGUUCCUUUACCUCAAAAUGCAGUGUGGAGAAGGGUUAAUCUUCGGAGUGGUCACCAAAGAAAGGAAAAAGAAUACACCCAAGCUUGGACCACAAGCAACGAACCACUCUGUAAAUUCUGUCAAAAGCCCUGCAAGGGAAACAACGCCAAAGAACCUGAGUAUUUUGAGGAUCUUUUCUGUGAUCUUGAAUGCUAUGAAGAUUACCGGACAAGAACAAGCAGUAGAUAUAUUCGCCAGGAACUUUUUCAGAUAGAACAUGGAAUUUGCACAAACUGCAACUUAGAUUGCCACCAACUUGUCAGAUACAUAAAGCCUUUACCACUGGAAAAACGGCGUGAAUACAUAAACAAAGUUGCUCCAGUCUUGUUUGCCCGAAAGAACUUGCUCGAGACCCUGGUUAAUGAUCCAGCCGAGGGAAACGCGUGGCAUGCGGAUCAUAUUAUUCCAGUCUACCGAGGUGGAGGUGAGUGCCGGCUGGAAAACAUGAGGACGCUUUGUGUGGCCUGCCAUGCCGAUGUCACAGCAGCUCAAUGCGCAGAACGCAAAAUAAUACGGUCCAAAGCGAGGAAGCAACUCAAAAACACUUUAAAGGAACUCAGAAACAUUCCAAAGAAAACAAAACUCUCGGCUAACGAAAACAAAAAGGAGACUGAUUGUUUGGUUUCAGUGAUAGACGAAGAGGAAGAGGACGACCUUCUGGUUGAAGUUCCAGGCAGUUCGUACUCCACAGACCAGAAAAUCAAUCCUGUCUCGUAAAGGUCAGCUUGAGUCGUCUGUAAAUUGGCCUUCAAUUUUGUAGAGAAGAAACUGUAGUGAGUUUUAAAAGAGUUUUGAUAUGCCAAAGCAAAGGUGUUUGUAUCUCUGUAUGACCAAAGAAACAAAGUGAUCCCCUUGUUUUCAAUAUUAAGAGAAUCAUUGUUACUAGUUUCAGAGAUUCACAAACGAUAUGCAUUGUUUCACUCUUGUUUAUGAUUCGUAAUGAAAAGUAAUGAACUUCGAGUUGGCU